AUGAAUUCAACCUCAGACCUACUCAUCAAAAAUCUAAAACCGUUACCAUUUCGAAAUCCGUUUGGUAGAGUAAAACCGGGUGUAGACAUCAACAUUGUCAUAAAUGAAAUAAAAUUUGAUCAAAAGUUAAUAAGUGUACUUAACACGUAUAACAAGUAUAUAAAUUUUCGGUUUGAUUAUGUUAUUAGAACAAGUAUCACUCAGUUACCUGACGAAUUGAAUCAUAAUAUUGAUGAUUCUGAAUUUAAUUCUAGCCAACAAAUUUUAGUAGAUUGUAUUAAUAGUAACAAUAGUUUAGAUUAUGUUUAUAAGCUACGAGAAGAAUUAAAAAAAUUAACAACAGAAGUAAAUUUAAAAAGAAAAGAAUUGAGUAUAAUUACUAUUAACGAGGAUGGAUUAAAAAAAAAUAUUAAACACUUAGAAGAUAUUAUAUCAAUAAAGAAAAAUUUUAUUAGCGAAAUUGCCAGCUUUACAGAAAUCAGAUGUAAUGCAAAAAAAAAGGUUCAAAAAGAGUACAAUAAAAUAAACAAAAAAUAUAUUAAAAUUUUAAGCCAAUUAAAAAAGUCAAAUAAGAUGACAAAAUCAAAUUAUGGUAAUGAAACUAGUAAAGAUAUUGAUUACGGAGAGCAAACAAAUAAUAGGCUAUUACGAUAUGAAGAUAAAAUUAAAAAAAUGGAUGAUAUUAUAAAAAUAGCUAGUGAUAGUGCAGAGAAAUUGCUGCAAUAUCAAAUUUCUUUACAAACUUCUAAUGAUCGCUUAAAAAUAUUUAAUGAUCAAUUAAAUAACCAAAUAAAAAAUAAACAAGAAGUUUCAUUAUUAUUAAAACAAAAUGAAAAGAGAAUUAAUCAAUUGAAAAAUAAUUUAUCUAGUUUGGGUGUUUUAUCAAGCAUAGAAAAAAGUAGAGUCCACAUGUCAUCAAAUUUAAUUGGAAAUGAUAAUUUAAAAAAAGAAUUUUUGGACUUACAAAAUAUGAGAAAUGAAAUUUUAAGCUCACGUCCUAAAGGAAUGUUUAAUACUAAAUAUCAAAAGGAAAAUAUUGUAUUCAAAGAAGAUAUUCGAAAAUAUUUAGAAAACGAUGAAGCAAUUGAUUCAGUAGAUUAUUUAAUUGAAUUAAAAAAUAAUAUGUGCAAUAAUAAUACAAAUUUAUUAAAUUUUAUUCAAACGAAUUCAAAUGAAACAAAAGUUUUUUGGAAGUGUCUAUCAACAUUAAGUACAGAUGAACUGAAAAAAAUGUUGGUACAUUAUUUUAUCAAAGUAGUGGAUUUAAAGGAAUCUGGACGAGAAAAUGAUGAAAUAAUAUCCAAACUUGAUGCAAUAAAUGAUAAACAAAGGCAUACUAUUGUAUCUUUAAACAACAAUUAUCAAGAAUUCCAUUUGUCAGUUGAAAAAAAAAUCAUGGAAUUAAAAAAAUAUUAUCAAGCAAAAGUUAAUAUGUUAUUCCAACUAGUUCAAGAAGAAAAUAAUGCUAUUACUAUGUUUAAAAUGAGACAAGAAAUCAUAGGACUUAAAAAGAAAAUAAUUGAAUUGGAGAAGUUACAAACAGUAAAACCUAAGAACACUUCUGUGAUACCAGAACCUCAUAUCUGCUUAAAUCUUCUAGAGGCAUCAAAGUCAGAAUCUGAAACUAUGUCAUCUGCCAAAGUAAUACACCAUAAAAACAAACUAAAGAUAAAAAAAAAUAAAUCCAAAUUAAUUUGACAUAGAUUUUAAAACAGAAGAUGUAUAAUUGUUUUCCAAUUAUUAAGUAUGAAGAAAAUUUUUUACCUUGUAUCUUAAUUUCAACUGUCUUUUGACUUGAGCUUAAAACUGUAUGCCAUAAAAAAUUUGAGACUGCACUAUAAUAUGGAUUAUUAGUACUAUAAAUAUUUGGAUUUUAAUUGGAUUACUGCAUUGCAAAAUUGUUAAAUAUAUAAUAUAAAAUGCCUAAGGGUUAUGAACUAAAACAAAAAAAUAUUGUACCUCUAUCUAGUUAAAAAAAAUAUCCUAGGUUCUAAAAUUCUAUUUCAAACUCAGCCUUUUUUUUAUUUUCUGAUUCUUGUUUUCUUACUAUAUCAAUACAUAGUUACCAAUAAAUGUUGAUAAAAAUAUAUAAGUACUCAAUUAAUUUAAAAAAAUACAUGCAAG